UUUAUUUUUUUGUUUUAUAGUUGAUUUAUAAUUAGAAUGUUUAUUUUGUUGUUUCUAAAUAAGUUUUUGGUUAGUAAUUCACUUAAUUAGUUAAUUGAUUUCAGUUUGGGAAGUGGGUGUGUUUCACAGUAUAAAUACGUAGAGUUUAGAUGAGUCUUUAGGCACAUGGGUGGUCAUAUGGUUUUUUACCUGUCUGUCCGUUUGUCAUCAGUCAGUGUUAUCAGUGAGAACAGGUGCAGGAGUUAGGAUAGGUUUAUCCGAAGCCUGUAACUUGUUUUAGCAAAAGAUUGAAUAAAAGUAAACUAAGAGCAUUUUGACUGUUUGACCUUUGUUGUACUGCGUAAACCAGAACCCAUGAUGCCCAGUAUUGACUGUUUGAGUUUAUUUCAUUUUGUUUUGACCACUUUUUGAGAUUUGAAUUUUUUGAUUUUGGAAUUAAGUUUUCGGGACAAAUAGUCAAUACACUUCAAGUAAAAAACCCGACCUUGGCAUUUUUGAUACGACAACAAGUAAGAAAGACGAUCCUGGAGUUUAAUCAACACUCUCAAGUUUGCGGAUGGGCGGAUGGAUCCGUAACGUUUGGAGGAACCACUUCCUUUGUUCUCUGGACGCCGAAAGCGGGAGGAAGCGGCCACGCCCACAAGCCAUGAAGGUGCUUCAACUCCAAGCUCUAAACGCUCACGUCCUUCUUCAGUGACAGCGGUAUGUACAAUGAUUGCUAAUGCUGUAAAGGAAAACGGCCAAACGACAGGAGUUUGAUGAUAGCGAUCAACGUUACCGUACAAGUUUGAAUGAAAGACUGAGUUAAAGCGCUGCACCUUUACGCACAGCCAGUGACUUUAAAAGAAAAAGGAAAGUUAUAGACAAAACUGCAAGCAGUUCAAAGUAUUUGGCUAAAAUGUCUGAUGUAUUGAAAGCACAGUCAACCAAGAGUGAUUUGGAGAUUUCAUCUAAACGAAGUAUUAAACUGACUGAGAAAGGCUUGAUGUCUUAUAUAAAAAUGUGCCAAGAUAAAAGAAAUGCUAAAUUGAAGCAAGCAAGACGAAUAAUGGACGAUUUAAAUGUUUUGAUGGAGUCAAAUGAUAAAGCUGACUCAGUGAAUUCUCUUCUUGCUACAUUUAUUCAAUGUUCUCAGGAUGCAGAGGCGUCUCAUAAAACCUUAACAAGUUUGCCACUCCCCUAUGAUGAACUCAUGAAACAAAACGAACAUUUCCAGAAUAAAAUGAGUUCUUACCACGAGUUUACUGAGCUUGUCAGGGGCUGGUUAUGUGAACGGGAGAAGCCCUUUGUGCAGCCCAGUGCAGAUGAUUACGAUCAAGGCAAGAAUGAUGUUGAUAACGCAAUUAAUCCUGAAGACAGCGCUUCCAAUGUGCGCUCUGUAAAGUCUAAGUCAGGCUCUCAGGUGUCCCGUGUCUCCUCUACAUCUUCGGCUCGCAUUAAAGCGGAGGCCGAGAGAGCGGCGCUGCUGGAGCGCGCUGCAGGACUCAAAAAGAAACAUCAGUUGGAAGCGCAGGAGGAAAAGCUAAAACAAGAAAAAGAGCAACUAGAACUUGAGACUGAGUUAGCGGCUGCUAACGCGAAACUUCGUGUGUUGGAAAUAAAUUCACAGUGUGGCUCAAAAUGUUCUGAUGGCAUGAAUUCGUAUAUUGAAAAGCGCAAUUCCAACUUAGCGCUUGAUCCUUGUGCCAAAGUAUUCGUUCCAGAGAGAAAUAUGGACGAUUUUAAAAUGGCUUCUGCCAUCGCUGAGAAACCAGUUGUUAGGCUGAAACAAAAGCCACCAAUUCAAAGUGUUGAUAAGCCACAAAGUGUCUGUGAUGAAUUAACUGUUCAACAAAUCAGUAUUAUUGACAUCAUGCAGCGGCAAAAUGACAUCACUGCCAUGUUGGUUCAGCAAAACCAAAACUCUGUCUUGCCACCAAGAAACAUCCCUGUUUUCGAUGGUGAUCCUCUUCAAUAUGGAUCAUUUAUAAGAGCGUUUGAGAACAGCGUGGAGGCCAAAACGUCUAAUUUGAGUGACUGUUUGCACUUUUUAGAACAAUACACUAGGGGGCAGCCUAGAGACCUUGUGCAUAGUUGCCAGCAUUUGCCGUCAGAACUGGGCUAUCCUAGAGCUAAAAGUCUUCUUUCUGAACAUUUUGGAAACGAAUAUAAAAUUGCGCAGGCCUACAUGGACAAAAUUAACAACUGGCCAGCUAUUAAAAAUGAGGACAUUAAAUCACUGCAAGCAUUUUCUCUGUUUCUUAAGGGAUGCUCAAAUUUAACAGAAUAUGUUACUCAUUUGAAAGAAUUGGACUUGCCAUCAAAUAUGAGGAGCAUAAUCCUAAAGCUUCCCUAUAAAAUGAGAGAGAGCUGGAGAAAUGUAGCCUGUGACCUGCAGGAACACAGGGGUCAGAGGGCAUUAUUCAUUGAUUUGGUUGUUUUUAUUGAAAAACAAGUUAAAGUUGUAUCUGAUCCACUGUUUGGUAACAUUAUAGAUCUUCAACAGCUCAACUCUAAAAACACCCACAGCAGCUUUACCAAACAGAAGAAAAGGGGGAAUAGUUUUGCUACAAAUGUUCUUGCAGUAAAAAAUGAAGAUCCAUCUGAAAAUAAGAACAAGUCCUCAAAGGGUUAUAGCUGUUUGUAUUGUCUCCUAAGUAAUCAUACAAUUGACAAAUGCUUUAAGUUUAAAGACAAGUCACAUAAAGAUAAAGUGAACUUUAUUAAGGAAAAGGGAAUGUGUUUUGGCUGCUUAAAGGUGGGUCACAUAAGCAGAGAAUGCAGAGGUCGCUUUGUCUGUUCUGUUUGUCACCAGCAGCAUCCCAGUGUCCUGCACAUCGACAAGGAGAGUACAGAGGUUUUCUCCAGACAUCUACAGAAUCCUCCAAGUACCACCUCCACAAUGACUCAGACUUGUGGUCAUGUCAGGGUCUGUGAUGAAGAUAACUCAAACCUUUCUAUUGUUGCAGUUCAAGUCAGGAGUCCAAAAACGAACAUCACUGUGCAGACAUAUGCAUUUUUGGACCCAGGAAGCACAGGAACAUUCUGCACUGAAAGUUUGGCCUGGAAGCUGCAACUGAAAGGUAAAAGAACAAGCAUCCAACUGCAAACAAUGGGACAUAAAGAUAUUGUGAGUACAAACAUCAUCUCUGGACUUCAAGUGGCAGCACUUGAUAGAAAUGAUUUCAUUGACCUUCCAGAUGUCAUGACACAGAAAUUAAUGCCUGUUUCAAAGCAAAAUGUUCCACAACAGGAGGACAUCGACAAGUGGCCAUACCUGCAAAGCAUCAAGCUCCAUGACAUAGAUGCUGAUGUAGAUCUGCUCAUUGGCACAGACGCACCUAAAGUAAUGGAGCCAUGGGAGCUGAUCAACAGUCAGGAGGAAGGCCCAUAUGCAGUUUGGACCCGAGUUGGAUGGGUCAUCAAUGGUCCACUCCGGAGUGAAAGGAACAAAACAGGCUAUCAUGCUUUCACUGUAAACAAGAUUUCUGUUAAACAUCUGGAAACAAUGUUGAUUGAACAAUACAAUCAUGAUUUCAAUGAAAAAACAUCCCAAGAGCAAAUUGAAAUGUCUAGAGAAGACAUCAAGUUCAUGAAUAUCAUGAAUAAUUCGGCACAAUUAAAAAAUGGACACUAUUGUGUUGAUUUGCCUUUUAAGUCUGAAAGUUCCGUCUUGCCCAUUAAUCGUUGUGUUGCAGAACAACGUCUUCUGAGCCUGAAAAGAAAGUUUAACAUGAACAGCACCUUUAAGAAAGAUUACAUUGCAUUUAUGAAUGACAUGCUAUGUAAUGGAUAUGCUGAAAUUGUACCUGAUGAUCAAUUAAUGGGCAAUGAGGGUAAGGUGUGGUACAUACCCCACCACGGUGUUUAUCACCCCCGAAAAGGCAAAUUAAGAGUUGUUUUUGACUGUGCCGCAACAUUCAAGGGAACCUCACUGAACUGCCAGCUGCUACAAGGACCUGAUCUGACUAACUCAGUUGUGGGAGUUCUUCUGCGUUUCAGACAAGAGCCAAUAGCAGUUAUGGCAGAUAUUCAAGCUAUGUUCCACCAGGUUCAUGUUCCAGAGAAACACAGAGACUGUCUUCGCUUCCUCUGGUGGCCCAAUGGUGACACAUCGCAAGUUCCACAGGAAUAUCGGAUGACAGUACAUCUGUUUGGAGCAGUGUCCUCCCCAAGCUGUGCAAAUUAUGCAUUAAGAAGAACAGCAGAAGAUAAUUCUCAGCAGUUUCCAGCUGAAGUGGUCAGUACAAUCAAGCAUAAUUUUUAUGUGGAUGACUGCUUAAAAUCUUUGCCUACAGAAGAGGAAGCAAUAAAGUUUGUUCAAGAUUUGACAUCUCUUUGCAAUAAAGGAGGAUUUAAGCUCUCAAAGUGGCUCAGUAACAGUCCCGCCGUUCUGCAAAUGGUUUCGGGCAACACCAAAGCAAAAGAAAUGUUAGAAAUGGAUUUGGAGCUUCCAAUGGAACGUGCACUUGGAUUGCAGUGGUGCAUUCAAAGUGACUCCUUUAAAUUUAAAGCUUCCCUUCCAGAGCGGUCUCGCACAAGAAGAGGAAUACUGUCAGUGAGCUCUGCAGGAGAAACUUGGGCUGGGAUGAUGCAGUUCACCAUCAUUUUUCCAAACAAUGGACCGACUGGCUGGAUGACCUGAAGAGGAUCUCAAAGUUUGAAGUGAGUCGCUGCAUUAAACCUAAAAAUUUUUGUCCUGUUACAGCACAACUCCACCAUUUCUCCGAUGCCAGCCAAGUGGGGUAUGGUACAGUGUCGUAUAUAAGAUUUCAAAGUGAGCAUCAUGUGCAUCUGGCAUUCCUCCUAGGAAAGGCCAGAGUUGCUCCCCUCAAGCAGACAACCAUCCCUCGACUGGAGCUCACUGCAGCCGUCCUUGCUGUACGACUGGACCAACUGCUUCAUAGAGAACUGCAUCUUCUCUGUGAAGAUGUAAUUCUGGAGGCAUCUGUUUUUUGGACAGACAGCACCACUGUCCUAAAAUACAUUUGUAGUGAAGCAAAGAGGUUUCAUACCUUUGUUGCAAACAGAGUGUCAAUCAUUAGAGAAGCUACAUUAGCUAACCAGUGGAGAUAUGUGAGUUCCAAAGACAAUCCAGCAGAUGAAGCAUCAAGAGGGAUGAGAGCAGAGGACUUCUUGGAGCACAGCAAGUGGAUUGAUGGUCCUGAGUUUCUGUACGACUCUGAAAACAAAUGGCCUAAGUUGGGUGUAAAGUAUGACUCACUUCCUGUUGCUGAUGCUGAAAUAAAAAAGGAUGUGAUUGUUAAUGCUGUUGUUGAGGAGGCUAAAAACCCUACCAGUUUUUUCAUCUCCUACUUCUCAUCCUGGAUGAAGCUAAAAACAUCUGUAGCCUGGGUUUUAAAGCUUAAAGAACUCCUUCUUCAACUGUCUCAGAAAAGAAAAGAGUUUUCUGACAUGAUGCAUGAGUCUGCAGAAGAUGCAAACAUUAAAGAGCAAAAGGUGUUGCAAAAGAUGCAGCAGUUUAAAACUAUGCUAAAAAUCCAGUGUUUAACAUCUGAAGAUUUGACUGCAGCAGAGCAUUUCAUUAUUCUCUUCGAACAACAUCACAGGUUUGAGCCAGAGAUCAGCGCACUCAGAGCCAACAAGACAGUCUCCAAAGACAGCCAGCUGUAUCGACUCGAUCCAGUGAUCGAUGAUGGAGUCCUCAGAGUGGGCGGACGUCUUAAAAAAGCUGCUAUGCCAUUUGAAAUUAAGCAUCCAGUCAUCCUGUGUAAAAACAUGCAUGUGGCAACGUUAAUUCUGUGUUACAUUCACCAUCUGCAUGAAAGACAAAA